UCCGGAAGUGGCUGUGGCCUUUUUCCCUAAGCAAUGCUUUUUACUUGCGCUUUCCUUUUAUUUCUUCCCGUUUCGGCCUCCUGUGGUUCCCUGCCAUUUACCCCCAAAGCUACUGAGUGCGCGGCUUCUGUCCCGCCAGUGACCUCUGAGCCUUUCGUUUGUGGACCCUAAGGGAUGUCAGGGUUUCCUGGGGUGUGCACCUGUUGGGGUCCCUCCUAAUUUUCUCUUUUUGUAGUCAUUUGCAUUUUCAAGAGUGAGAGGCUCGUUGGAAAUAUGCUGUAUUACUGUGUGGUGGACACUUGUAUUCAGAAGGCAGUGUUCAGUGUCCAGCACCCCCUCACGCCCCCAAUAACUCGCCUUUCCAGGCCCCCUCCUUUUUGCAUAGUCUGCAUCCGGGCCUUAGACCUUCUAGGCCCUGAAGAGAGAGGGAAAGAACUCUAUGGUAGCUACUGGAAAGUACCGGCCCCUUGCCAAGGGGAGUAAUUGACUUAGUAUAAUACCAUUAGGUCGCCAGAAAUGGAAAGGAAAGUGAGCAGAAUUUGUCUUACUUCUGAGCCCAACAUAACUUAUUUUCUACAAGUGUGUUGGGAGGGAACGGUAGGAUCUGGUUUUGUCAUUACACUGACGGAUGGCCAUUCGGCCUGGACUGCGACAGUUUCUGAAUCGGAGAUUUCCCAAGAAGCUGAUGACAUGGCUAUGGAGAAAGAAAAAUAUGUUGAGGAACUGAGAAAAGCAUUGAUGUCAGGAUCAGGAACAGCAGACACCUACAGGUUCAUCUUUUCUAAAGAGUCCUGCCAUUUCUCCCUUGAGAAAGAACUGAAAGAUGUCUCAUUCUCCUCUGUUAUUAACUGGGGGCUCCGGCCCAGCCAGUGGUCUACGUCCUUCAGGUUUAGACUUGGUUCCUUCAACCUAAACAAAGUUCCAAACUCAACUGAAGUCAUUAGAGAACUCAUUUGUUACUGCCUGGACACCAUUGCAGAAAAACAAGCCAGAAACGAGCACCUGCAGAAAGAAAAUGAAAGGCUCCUGAGAGAUUGGAACGAUGUUCAAGGCCGAUUUGAGAAAUGUGUGAGUGCCAAAGAAGCCUUGGAGGCUGAUCUGUAUCAGAGAUUUAUCUUGGUGCUGAAUGAGAAGAAAACAAAGAUCCGAAGCUUGCAUAAGUUGUUAAAUGAAGUCCAGCAGCUGGAACAGAACAUAAAACCUGAAAGGGAAACUGCAUGUUCUGAAAAACCAACUGACCAAGAUGCAAUUUAUGAUGGAAGUACUCAUGAAGAAAGCGGAGCUUCUGAGCUGGCUACAGCCACUCAUUGUAAAGAUGAUUCCUUAUUUUCAAGUCCCGAUGUCACUGAUAUUGCGCCAAGUAGGAAGAGGAGACAUCAAAUGCUGAAAAAUCUUGGGACAGAACCUAAAAUGACUCCACCGGAGCCGCAGCUGCAGGAGAAGGAAAGCUCUGGGCAGCAACACAGCAACAGCAACAGCUCCAUGCCCUGCCGUGAGGCUGGUAUGGGCAGGACUCAAGCAGGCUUGCCUCUUCACUGCCUCAGACCUUGAAAGAGGAGCACGCUUCUGCUGAAAACAUGUCUUUAGAAACCCUGAGAAACAGCAGCCCAGAAGAUAUCUUUGAUUAGAUACAAAUCCUAGAACCCGACUUUGGUGUUCAUUAAAGUACCUUCUUUAUCCAGUUCUUUCGUAUGAAAAGAGAGGCUUUCAACAUAGCAGCAAUGGUUACUAUGUUGCAGCUUCACCAUACACACACAGUGGAUUCCACAAGUGCAUGACAAUCUGAUUGGAUGACAGAGGGACACUUUUCUCUACCAUUCGUGUUGCCUAUUAAAUCUGAGUUUUGUUCCAAAGGGCACGUUUAUCAUAUUCCUUCACAUAUUAUUGUAACUUUCUAAUGAUUCUUGGAAGAUUUGGGAAAUAGGGCAAAAAAAAAAAACCAUCUUCAAAUGAUUCUUUUUGAAUUGCACUUUAAACAACGUGUUUGAAAAGUUUAACUUAUGAGGUGACAUAUAUAAAAUAUAUCUUUAAGUUGUGUGUAAACAAUCUGGAAAUCUGGUAGUUAAUAAAAGUUUGUGUUCUUAAAGAAACUA